AUGUCCAAGCAAAAGACCGUCGUUGUCGGCGCUGGUCCCGUCGGUGCUCUCGCAGCACUCUACGCUGCCGGUCGUGGCCAUGAUGUAGAAGUUUACGAAUUGAGAGGAGAUCUUAGAGAUCCCUCUACUGUUCCUCUCAACUUCACAAAGUCGAUCAACUUGGCUCUAUCAGAGCGAGGCAUCAAUGGACUCAGAAAAGCUAAUGUUCCUGGCUUGAUCGAAGCUGUGCUAGAAGAGACUAUUCCUAUGCAUGGUCGCAUGAUUCAUGGUGCUAAGCAGGGAGAGAUCUACGAAGAGUCUCAAAACUACGACAUUCAUGGAAGGGCUAUUCGUGCAGUUGACAGAGCUGGUCUCAAUAAGCGUCUCCUUGACGAGCUAGACAAGAUGCCAAACGUCAAGCUGCUGUUCAACCACAAGUUGUUAGGUGCCGACUUCAAGAAGAACAAGGCCUGGUUCGAAAGACGCGAUGAAGGUGUACGACAAGAUCACGCUCAAAAUCCCACUCAAGGAAAAGACGCCCCUCAUGCUUCCACUGAGAUCGAGGUCUCAUUCGAUUUCAUGAUCGGCGCAGACGGUGCUCAUUCGGCAGUUCGCUAUCAUCUGAUGAAGUUUACACGCAUGUCGUACCAGCAGGAGUAUAUUGAGACGCUGUGGUGUGAAUUCCACAUGGAUCCGUCAGCAACCAACGAUUUUCAAAUCUCACCCAAUCACCUGCACAUCUGGCCCGGCGGCGAGUUCAUGUUCAUCGCCAUCCCAUCUCUGGACAAAUCUUUUACUUCGACGCUUUUCCUGCCUGCCAAAAUCUUCGCCGAGCUGGAUAAGAACCCUUCAUCCUUGGUAGACUUCUUCAACAAGAACUUCCCCGGGGUAGCCGGCAAGCUCAUCCCUGAGGCCGAGUUGCAGAAGCAAUAUAACGAGAACCCGCAUCUGCCGCUCAUCAGCAUCAAGUGUUCGCCUUACCACUAUGGCUCUUCUGCUGUGAUCCUGGGUGACUCAGCACACGCCAUGGUCCCCUUCUACGGCCAAGGCAUGAAUGCCGGUCUCGAAGACGUUCGCGUGCUCUUUGAACACUUGGACGCACACAGCAGCGAUGCAGCCGGUCGCGCCACAGCGCUCGACUCUUACUCCUACGACCGCGCACCCGACGCAGCAGCCAUCAACGACCUCGCCCUCCGCAACUACCAAGAAAUGCGCGCAGACGUGACAUCCCCAGUCUACCGUCUCCGCAAAUGGAUCGAAGAGCAGAUGAAUGUCUUCCUACCCUCCGCUGGCUUCGCAACUCAAUACUCCCGUGUCAGUUUCGGCAACAUUCGCUACUCGGAAGUGGAGAAGCUGGCGCAGAAGCAAGGUAACAUUCUGCUCGGCGGUAUGGCAGGUAUCGUUGCGCUCUUGAUUCCAGCGAUGGGAUAUGCCAGCUGGGCUAUCUGGAGAUGGAAUCGUGCAUCACACGCCUCUAGGUUCUCUGUCAAGAGCAUUGCAAGUAUCGGUGAUAUCACCGAAAGGAUUGGAAGAGUCUUCACCUGA